AUGAAGAUCUUCGUGUCAUCGCUGCUGGCUCUUGCCAGCAUCAUGACCAUGAUCGCAGCCAAUCCGAUCAAGUGCAGUGGCCCCAACGCUCGGAUUGAGCCACCGGUUGGUGCGAUCGUCGUGGAUCCUACGGGUGAUCCUAGAUACCAAGGCAGCUUCCGGAACAUGAUCGACGCUGUUGCAAGACUGGACCGCACGUUGGAGGGGGAUCAGACGAUCUUCGUCUUCUCUGGUGUUUACGAGGGACGCGUGGUCAUUCCGCCUAUCAAAGGCAAACUUGUGCUCCAAGGCGCCACGUGUGAUACAACGUCGUAUGCGAAGAACCAGGCGACGAUCACCCACAAAAUGUCGCAGAAGAACUUACCGAAGAAUGUGACGGGCGAUCACGAUGCAGAGACCAGCGCCAUGCACUUCAAGGCGAACAACGUGAAAGUCUACAACCUCAACAUCGCCAACACGGCGGGCAACACGGGACAAGCUGUCGCGGCGACUGUGGACGGCACCAACUACGGCUUUUACGGCUGCAAGUUCACUGGGUAUCAAGACACUUUGUUGACCAAGAAGGGGCUUAUCAUGUUUGCUAACUCCUACAUCAGUGGCGCCGUUGACUUCAUUUUCGGCACCAAGGCCGUGGCUUGGUUCGAGCACUGCGAUAUCGACUGUAUCGAUGCGGGAUAUAUCACUGCCAACGGUCGUUCCAGCGCCGAAAUGGACUCGUAUUACGUCUUCAACCAUGCGAAUGUCUACAGCUCGAAAAAGGGGUACAAACCGGGCAUGUCCUACCUUGGUCGUCCGUGGCGUCCUUAUGCUCGCGUCGUGUUUCAGAACAGCGAGCUCAGUGACGUGGUCAAUGCCGCUGGUUGGUCGGACUGGAACGGUGACAGCACGAAACACGUAGAGUUUGGCGAGUUUAAAAACACUGGCCCAGGUGCGGCGAAGGGGAACGGUCGACCUGGCUUGGGCACCCAGCUAAAGGCAGCUGUGGCUUUGAAGGAUUUCUUCAAGGUCGACCUUAAGAGUCAGUGGUGGAUCGACUCAGCGUACGUACACGUGUAG